GGGUGAGGAUUUUUCACGUCACAAGCUUGCAAGAUGGCGCUCGGAAAGCUGUGAGAUGAGAAAACAGGAUGGCUGUUUGAAGAGCUUCGGUCGAUUUAUUAAGGUUUGCAGGUGCAGAAAAAGAGGAUGGAAAUGGAAUUGCCAAAUCAUGCCAAACAAUUGCUGCUGCAGCUGAACCAACAAAGAGCCAAAGGUUAUCUGUGUGAUGUCAUUAUAGUAGUAGAAAAUGCCCUCUUCCGGGCACACAAAAACAUCCUGGCAGCCAGCAGUAUCUACUUCAAGUCCCUCAUCCUUCACGACAACUUAAUUAACCUCGACACAGAUAUGGUCAACCCGUCGAUAUUUCGGCAGGUACUGGACUUCAUUUAUACUGGCAAGCUUUUGUCAUCGGAUCAGGUCAGCGACCACAAUUUUAAUGCCCUCCUGACGGCAGCAAGCUACCUCCAACUGCAUGACCUGGCUGCUCUCUGCAGAAAGAAGCUGAAACGCAAUGGAAGAUCCCUCCACAGCAAACCUACAACCCCUACCAAUGGAAGAACUUCCAGGAACCAAAGGUUGUCCUCUACACCCGUCACCCCAAACCAAAUUUCAGGGUUUAAAGAUAGUGAAAAAACAAAGAGGCAAGAGGAGGUACUUAAAGACGAGUUAUCGGAGGAAGAGGUUUUUGCCGGGAAUGCCCAUUGCGCAACCUCAGCUAAUUCUCUUAGUCCUUCUACAAGUAAGAAUGGGAGCAGUGGCCCCAUUAACAGCAGUGGUGGCCUCCUGGAGCUUGGCCUGGAUCUCUCCAAGAAAAGCCCUUCAGGGAGCACAGCCACUGAAGAAGUCAGUCCCAGCAGCAUCCCACAAGAAUCACCUCAGUCUGCCUCAGAAUCCACAGCCAACAGUGCCUCGUUUGAUGAGAUAACCACGAACCCGCAGAACCUCACCGGUGGUGAGCCUAUGGAUGUAGGUGAAGGGGGAGAAUGUGAGGAGAGCCAGCACCCUCCAGACCCUGACCCCGUCAAAAGCUCCCGUCAGACAUCACGGCCAAGGCGGCAAGCCAAGGGCGAGAGCCACAAAGGUGAAGAUGCAGAGCGAGCCAGUCUGCCCAAUGGUGUCACCAAGAGGCUGAAUGUGGCAGGUGGGGGAAAGGUCAACUCUGAUCUGUCCUUCCAGUGUAAAGAGGAAGAUGAAGGCCUGGAGAACGGCCAGGAACAGAGUGAGGAAAGCGGCCAAAGUGAGAGCGAAGGUGGCCGCAACAGCGCCAACUAUGUGUACCGCCAGGAGGGCUUUGAGCCUGCCCUUGGUGACAACCUUUACGUGUGUAUUCCCUGUGGUAAAGGCUUUCCCAGCUCGGAAGAACUGAACGCCCAUGUGGAGACCCACACGGAAGAAGAGCUGUACAUCAAAGAGGAGGAGGACGAUGGCUAUCCAAAGGAAGAUGAGGCCGAGGCCGAGGACUUGUCAUCCCAGACAGUGCAAGCGCAUGGGGCAGAGUCACGCCGCUUUUGCUGCACAGUGUGCAAUAAGAGCUACAAGGAUCCGGCCACGCUGCGGCAGCAUGAGAAGACCCACUGGCUCACACGACCCUUCCCCUGCAACAUCUGCGGCAAGAUGUUUACCCAACGUGGCACCAUGACGCGCCACAUGCGCAGCCACCUGGGCCUGAAGCCCUUUGCCUGUGAGGAGUGCGGCAUGCGCUUUACACGACAGUACCGCCUCACGGAGCACAUGCGGGUCCACUCGGGGGAGAAGCCCUAUGAAUGUCAGCUCUGUGGCGGCAAGUUCACCCAGCAGCGCAACCUCAUCAGCCACUUGCGAAUGCAUACCUCCCCAUCAUAAGCCAAAGACGCUCUGGACAGGAGAAUCUUCUUCAGCAAAAAGAUUUCAAUACAACGCACACCUCUUUUCUGUGAAGAUGAUGGCUAUGAGUGGGCGACCCCAAAGGAAGUUUCGCUCCUGCCUUGACUAACAGGAGUAGCAGUUCAAAACAUGAAAGCCCUAAUGGUUAAAAGGGCAACCUUCCUCAAAUAUUGGUAUGUAACUUUUUUUUGUUUGUUUUUUCUUUUUUUGUUUUUACUUUAUUGCUGUGAAUGUAUAAUUGGGGUACUGAUGCUGUUUCAAGAUUCCUUGGCAUUACCAGACCAUUAUUAACCAGUCUUUGCACUGGUUUCAUGUCUUGGUCCACUUCAAAUAAUUGUCAUUUGGCUAUCCCAAGAAUACACCACUUCUCUUCCUUUGGUCUUUCGAAUAAGGGGUUCAGUAAUCUGAAAAUACAUCACAAUGUUUUAAUGUCUUAAAUUUUCAUUUGAAUUCAAAAGAUUUAAAUUUAUUGAGUAUGACAAAUGAGGGUUUUUAAGAGUCUCAAAGAAAAUGUUGCAAGGCAUGCAAAGUGCUGUCUGUAGUGGUGUUUCAUAAAAGCUUUGUGCAUUCAACCAAACAAAUUUGCAAGAUUUUACUCUGUACCAUGUGCCCGUUGGCUAUUCCCUAGUAGUAGAUGUGAAGCAGGGUCCAACAAAGCUUUCGUUCUACAGUAUCUUGAGGCAUUUUGGGACAUGCACGCAAAUUCCUCAGUUUGAUACAGCUUCAGUUAUAAUUGCUGCAUGAAACCAGUAGUUAUGAGGAGGCUUUGUAGUAGCCUUUAAGAUGAAUGAUGGAUGAAUGAUGGGCCACUCACUUAUCAGGCAGGUGCAGUCAAAUAUAUCUGCUGUGUUUGUUCCGCACCUGAACAUGGGCAAGUGGGGUCAUGGACAUGUGUGGUCAUAGGUGUCCAUUAAAGCUGUAUCGUUUACUCAUAUAGUAUGUAGGGGUUUACUCUCAAAGAAAAGCCAAAAUGAACGGUACUUGUUUUAUAGAUAACUUAUUGUUAUACUUCUGUGAAUAUUUAAACUGGAAGUCCUUUUGAUAUUUCUUUGGGGUGAGUCAGAAAGGUGAGGUGACUUGGGUGAUGGGUUGGGUAGGGUUUGUUUUAGUGAAUGUUAAACUUCUAAAUUCUGUCGGUACUGUUUUUUUUGUUUUGUUUUUUUUUUUUCCCUUUUCUUUAGUUUUGUCUGUUUAACUUUGCCCUUCACUGAAAAGACAAGCCUAAUUUUAUAGUCUUGUCACAUUUCUACCUCUUAAUUCAAAAGAACAAUACAUUCAUUGAUGGAAAUAUGGGGGUUUCUGAAUAUAGAUGUAUAAAGUUUGCUGAGGCUUUCUGAAUACUUCUAACCUGCCCAUCUCUCAACAAAGGUUUUAAGUUUUACAAAGUUUUAAACAUAUUAAAGUAGAAAUUAGCUUGUUGGACGCAUGUAUUUAAGGUAUUGAAAGGUUUAUGUCAGUGAAAUCCAAAGAGAAAAUGAAUAUUGAGGAGAAUAAUGGCUUUCCAACAAAAAAAUCCUGUAGAAUAUCCCUACCAAAGUUCUUAGAGUAAAUAUGGAAAAAUAUCAUUGCAGGAGAAAGGUAUUAUUAAAAA